AAUCUUUCGGUAAGGCAGACCCAGUUUGUGUCACUAUCAGGAAAUAGACGUGCUUUCAAUUCACACAUUGUUAAUGAAGAUUAUUCGUUAGUCAAAUGAAACCAGUAACUAAAAUGGGUGCUGUAGUUCUGGUGCUAUUUACAAUCGGUGCUUUUAUCAGUCCAGUUAAAUCUCUGGACAAUGGUCUCGCGCUCAAGCCUACAAUGGGUUGGCUGCAUUGGGAGAGAUUCAUGUGCAAUGUCGACUGUGACACGGACCCCAAUAAUUGCAUCAGUGAGAAUCUCUACAUGCAGAUGGCAGAUGUGAUGGUGACGGAAGGCUGGAAGGAGGCUGGCUACGAGUAUGUCUGCAUCGAUGACUGUUGGCCCAGCCACCAACGUGACGCCAAGGGACGCCUUCAGGCAGACCCGAAGCGGUUCCCCAGAGGCAUCAAGAAACUGGCCGACUAUGUUCAUUCCAAGGGUCUCAAGUUGGGGAUCUAUGCUGAUUUGGGAACCUUUACAUGUGGAGGCUUUCCAGGGAGCAUGGGAUACUACGACAUCGACGCUCAGACCUUUGCUGAUUGGGGUGUGGAUCUGCUCAAAUUUGAUGGGUGCUACAUGAAGUGGACUUUACUGGGAGAAGGUUACACAAACAUGUCAAUAGCACUGAACCAAACUGGGAGAAGUAUCCUGUACUCCUGUGAGUGGCCACUGUAUGAGUGGCCACACCAUCAGCCAGACUAUGCUGCCAUACGGAAGGCCUGUAACCACUGGCGCAACUUUGCGGAUGUGUAUGACUCCUGGGACAGUGUGAAGACCAUCUUGGACUGGACUGCCGACCAUCAGGAUGUCAUUGUCCCAGCGGCUGGACCUGGGGGCUGGAAUGACCCUGACAUGCUGGUGAUUGGAAACUUUGGCCUGAGUCACGCCCAACAGGAGUCUCAGAUGGCAUUGUGGGCCAUCAUGGCCUCCCCUCUGCUGAUGUCCAAUGACCUGAGAGACAUCUGCCCCCGGUCCAAGCAGCUGCUGCAGAACACAAGGAUCAUCGCCAUCAGUCAGGACCCACUGGGCAGGCAGGGCUAUCGCACCGCCAAGGUGGACAGUUUCGAGGUGUGGGAAAGACACCUGUCUGGUGGCCGGUUGGCUCUGGCAGUGAUGAACAAGCAGGAGAUCGGUGGACCCCGAGGCUUCCCCCUCACCCUGGCCACGCUGCCUAGCUGGAAGAUCUGCCACCCCCAGUGUAAUGUCACCCAGGUCCUGCCCAGCUACAAGGAGCUGGGGGUCCAGACCCUCCUCAGUAAACUUGUGGUGGUGGUCAACCCUUCUGGCACAGCACUGCUGACUGUCACCCCCAUUUAAGUGUGACUUUAACACACAAUGGCAAUUAUGGAAGGACAUGCCCAACGUGAACAGUUCUUUAGUAUGGUGUAGCUAGCAGACAAGCAUAUGGGCCCUGGCCCUCACCCAGCACUGAUUUGAAAUGCACAGGAUUUAUGGCACUUUAAUUCACAGCAAGUUACGUUGCUUAUUAUGAUUAUUCUAGAUAGUGUGCUUAUUUGCCAAAGAGCCAUGUAUAUGCUCACCUUUGAAUAGGUUAUUUAGUUGGUGUGCUUCCCUUGAAUUAGAGAUUUUUCAUUAUUUUAAGUGUGGAACGUGUUAGUAAUUGUCCAUGUUUUGUAUGCUAAUUGAUCUGGUCACAAGGAGAUUUGCUGGAUGGCAGACACCUGAAUGUUCAGAUAUCAAAAAUCAGUAGUACUGUAACAAUUUUUCCUGAUUUGAAAUAACUGUUACUUUGUGACAAUGUUUGGAAAUGUUCACAUUUAAUUAAAGUGGCAAUCUGGAAUUCAAACAAAACCAAAGCUAUCAACCUGCCACUUUUUUGGUAAGCUUCGGGAUGGGGCUGGAAAAACAUUACCACUUAAAUUUACGGUAACACUUCACAACCAGUGUUAUAACAUGGUCAUAACCAUGUCAAUGUCAUAACAGCUUACAUAACUUGUCAAAAUGGGAUCAGAACAUUGUCAUGACCCAUAUUUACACCUGUUGUGACAUUUUUAUGGCUGGUUAUGACACUUGCAUAAGUGUCAAAACCCACAUUUACUCAAAUGUUUUUCCCUGCCAAGAAGUCCUUAAUUCUUUAGUCACUUUUUUCUUCAUAUUUUAGAAAACACUUUGACCCUGUCACUUUUCUUUGACUAAAAAAAAUGUUUUUUGAAAGUGCCUGACCAUAAUAUGCCCUUAUGUCAAGAGGGUGUCUUUGUCCUGCAUUCAUCCCAGUCAUCAGCAAGUGUUGGGGUCGGUGCAUGUCUGACAUCGAUGUGUGUGCAAUUGCAAUUUAAUUUAGUCAAUUUUAGAAAAUUAUAGUAUAUACUAUUGACAAGUAGGCUAUAUGGUGUAAUGGAAUAUUUUGCCUUGUGUGGUAGGUGUCAUAACCAGCCAUAAAAUAAUGCAAUGUAUCAAACUUAUGCUGGGUGUCCACAAAUUUCCACAGGCAAGGACUGAUAUCGAAAUGAUUGUUUUAAAGCUUUCUUUGCUCUACCCUAGUUAGCAUUGGCUGGCAAAACUGCCAACUUCCUUCAAACUACACAGGAAAAAUGUGUAUCCAUGUGUUCAUCUGACUCUGGUUAAGUAGAACAAGAGCUUUAAUCCCAAAAUCUCACCGUACCCCUUUAACCUUAUUUUGGGUUCUUAUUUCAAUAUACGUACAAACACUAGAUAUGGGACCCCACCAUUGUAAAAAUAUUUGAAGUUAUAGAAAUGCAUCUAUUACAUGUUUAAAUGUGAGCUAAACAAGAAUGUAUACAAACAUUCCUAAAGUAUCAUUUGAUAUUAAUGUAAGCAUACAACAAAUAUACUUAAAUACAUGCAAUUAUCCUUGAAACACUAGUCCAUUCAUUCCUAUGGAGGACUGCUCCUACUAGGGAGUGCCAAUAUGGCCGAUCAGUGUCUUCAAAGCCUCAAUGGCCAAUACAUAGCGUCAGCAUUCUAGGGUUUAUAUACAUCAUUCGGUUCUGAUGGGGUGAGACUGUUGUACUAAGCCCAUGAGGAUACGAUUCAGGCAUGGUUAUUCGCUAGUGUGUUUAUACUGAUGUGUUUCUACCACUCUUGGAAAGGUUAAGUUGUAAAUUCUGGAAUGGCCAAUUACAUCUUCAUAUCCACCAACUGUAAUUGCCAUCACUCUUGCAAUUACCACCAAGGUACAGUUAAGGAGAGAUAAAACAUCUGGUACAAUUUUAAUACAUUUAUUGGGGGGGGGAAAUAAGUCCAUCCAAUAGAUUGACCCACAGCCUAGAACUGGAUGACCUGGCCCUGAAAGGAGACAAUAAAAACAAGGUUAUAAGGCAGCUCAGAUAUUCAACCAGCACAUUGAAACUAUUCACCUUUCCACAAUGAAAAAUACAAAACACCCCUUCUGAAUCCAAUCACAUCGACAACUUGUUAACAUUCAUUAGGGCAUAUCUAAAAUUCAAAACAAUUCAAUAGCCGCACACGUUUGGCCAGAGAGGGCCUUCAGACUGCUAUUGUCAAUUCCUCUCCAGGCUGUCUAACAACCCCUGAGUUCAGAGGAAGCACGCAUUUUUGUAAUUGACUAAAUGUUCUAUAGAGCAACGAUUUAAAGUGGAAGAGCUCCGAGGUGUAUCAAGGAUAGUUGAACAUUGUCAAAUGUCACCGAUAACACUAAACGUCAUUUAGAUGUCCAGAAACCAUAGACCCCUCAAAGGCAACUCUGGACCUUGAAGCCAGUUCCACUACAUGUUGACAUUGUUCCCUUCGAACCAAGGAUAGCUUUAGACCUGAGACACCAGGUGGGUGCAAUUAAUGAUCAGGCAGAGCAUAAAAAAACAGCAGGCUCUGGACCUUGUAGGGUAAGAGUUGAAUACCCCUAGUAUAGUACAUUCAGACCCAUUGACUUUAUUCUUAUUCUAAAAUGGAUUAAUAUUGAAAUAUCACAUUACCAUAAGUAUUCAGCCCCAGACCCUUACUUUCCAAAUGCACUGUACAUACACACAUUGCUUUUCAUGGCUGUGGAACAAAUACACAACCCAUCCCACAUGCAGAAUAAACACGGGCCAGGAACAUCUGUGUUGCACUACAUGGCUAGAGUUUGUGCUUACCUUUCUCUUCUUGUCACCUCCCAGCUCAAAGUGCUUGCAUCUCUUGAUGGGCACCAUUCUCUUGGCCCUGCAGUUGGGCUCCACACACUCCAGCCUUAACACGAUCUUCUUUGUGGUCUUGG